GCUCUUGAGUUGACGCCUCUUGAGUCUUGGCGUUUUUGACUUCCUGGUAACGUUUCCUCCCACGAACAAGAAAAGAAUGACAAGCCUCAGAGUUGGACAUGUUUAUAACACGAGUAACCCAAAAGAACCUUCUAUAUAACUACUGUAAGGGAAUUGCAGGAUUAGAAUUGUCUUCGGCCUAAUUAGCCAUCUUCCUUCCCGUCUUUACCUAUUCCGCGUUUUCAGAUCCAAUGAUGCUGUUCUCCAGCCAUAUCCUCCCACUCCUCAGCAUCACCUCCCUAGCCGCAGGGGCGGCUCUUCUCAAAUCCCGAGAUCCGGACGCGCUCAAACUCUGGGAGAUCUUGAGGCUAUCCACCUUCUCGCCGUCCGGACGACCCGGCAGCUCGCCCUGGAGCCUGAUCAACAUCACGAUCACAGACCCGAACACCAUCCCCGCGGGGCCCACCCCGACGGGCACGGCGGUCUUCGAGCCGUCGACGGUGAACUGCAGCACGGCGUGGGACGCCGGCAGCCUGCCGUACAACCAGGUCGUCAACUGCACCGAGGCGGAGCACGGCUACUGGACGUUUGAGAUGCUCGAGGCUGACGACAGCGACUAUCACUCUCCGACGGAGAACUUCAACAUCAGGUUCACGCAGGUGAGGAGCCUUGAGGUUCCGGGCAACACGUACGCCCAGACAUUUGUCGGGACGGGUUCCUUCAGGGUGGGUGACAACUUGUCCGGUGUCUGCGGGGCGAGCGGAGUCUGCUCGUUCGGCCUCAAGGACGAGGCGAAGCCGGUUUUGGUCAAUCAGACUCGCACCGAGUGCAGUGGGGUUUGUGAUGAGUAGGAGGGGAAGAUAGCUGCAGUUUGUAUGGGCGGAGCACCGUUCGAGGAAUAGGAGCAAUUCAACCUUAGGAAAGGGGGAAUGAAUGAAUGUCCUCGGCAAUGGCAUAAUUAAGUCCUGGCGAUGCAUCACACAUUCAAACGUUUCCAAUGAGUAACGGGAAUACUCUGGCUGCAACCAUGCCCUGAAGACGUUAAGAGCAACCUGGUUAUUGUGAUGGAACCUGACCCUGGUGUCAAUAAGGUGGGAG